CAGCCCCCUCAUAUUUCACGGAGUUAUAUUUGACUUCAAGGCUUUCUGACUGUCUAAAGCUGUGACACAACCUUUCAAAAAUUCUGGAGAAAAAUUAAAGCCUAAAAUGGUGGACCAUGUUGUGACUACUCAGCCAGGGCUUGGAAGGACGACCACAACAGUGACCACCAUCACUCAGACAGGCGGAAGCUGGACAACCAACCUGUUCAGCAUCUGCGCUGACAAGAGAGUCUGCCUCCUCGGUGCCCUGUGCCCCCUCUGUCAGGAAAUGAAGCUCUCAUACGAUUACGGGGAGAGUGCGCUUCUCCCACUUCUUCCAGGAUCCACAUUUGCACUGCGUGUUGGAAUUAGAGAAAAAUACAAAAUUCGGGGCAAUGCAGUUGAUGACUGGGCAGCCGUCUACUGCUGCUGGCCCUUGGCUUUGUGUCAGAUGGUGAGAGAGCUGAAGAUGAGGAAUCAAGCUUACAUAUAUCAUGUAUCAACUGCUUUUGAAUGGGUUGCUGCCAUUUUGUGCUUUGAGAUUUCAUGGACCACAGCAUUUUAUCUAUCCAGUCACUACGAUGUUGUGAUUCAUAUGUGCCAAGUAACCUGCGACAUCAUGGUGGUCAUUCUGUAUGAGACAGCUGCUUGCAUUGAGACAUUUAAACGUUUGUUCAAAAAUAAAGGAAAGGUUCAGUGAAAAACUAUUUGCUUUUUGAGCAAUCUUCAGAUAAGCGAUUUUUUUAAAUUUUGGUUUCAGAUCAGUUUUGUGUAUAAUUUUGCAUUUACUUAGCUUUCUCUUUUAUCCAUCUAUCCAUCCAUUCAAUAUCCAACCUGAUAUAUCCUAACUACAGG